UUGGCCUUUUUCUUUUUCAUUUUUUGAGAAAAGAGUAUCAUACAAGUUUGUAAUAGCAUAGUUGAAGUAGAAAUGUUUGAUCAUCUUUGUGUAGGAACACACGCCUACCAAUACUAAUAUACAGUUAUCUUUGUUUGAAGCAUAAGAUUUGAGAUUACCGCCAGAAAUCUCUCCAUCUCUCUGUAAUUCAAUCACAGCUAUGUCGGAAAAUCCGGUGCAACUUGUGUUACAAGGGUUGUGUAAAGUUUCGGAUUGCAUUCAGACGAAUCUCUCUCGCUUCUUCCCGCGCCCUGACGAUCCUUCAUCCUCGCUGCCCAGAAACAAAACCCCUCUUUUAACGCUCUCUACACCCACCCAUCUUCGCCAACCCGACCAAAUCCUCAACAAGGGAAAAUCAUCAGGUCCAACAACUAAAGAAGAUCUUGGAAGAGCUACAUGGACGUUUCUCCACACUCUAGCUGCUCAGUACCCGGAUAAGCCGACUAGGCAACAGAAGAAAGAUGUUAAAGAACUGAUGGAGAUAUUAUCUCGCAUGUAUCCUUGUAAGGAAUGUGCAGAUCACUUUAAAGAAGUUAUAAGAGCGAACCCCGUAGUGGUUGGAUCUCAUGAUGAGUUUUCCCAAUGGUUAUGCCAUGUGCAUAACGUUGUCAAUAGAAGCCUAGGCAAGGUUGUGUUUCCCUGCGAACGGGUUGAUGCUCGGUGGGGAAAGUUAGAAUGUGAGCAGCGCGCAUGCGACCUGCAAGGGACGGCGGCGAUGGAUUUCACCAAAUGAAAACCUACUCUUAUAUUCAUGCUUGAAAUCAAUCCAGAGUAACUAUGUUAUACAAUAGCAAAGUCCUUUAGUAUUGGUGGUGCAAGCUUCCUACUCAUUCUUAUUGUUUACCCUCACUCAAAGAAAUGCAAAAAUAUCAAUUCUUCCUUGUACAUACCUAGUCUUGUUAUUUGUCAUUUUUCAAUCCUAAACUUUAUCAUCUCUUUUAAAAACUCCGUUUGCUUUUCAUAAUAAAUAUUUUUAUUUUUAUUA